AUGAGUCCUGAACCCCAAAGGAUUUUGCUGGUCGACUCAUAUGACUCUUUCACGUACAACUUAGCAGCGUUGUGUCGGAAGGCUAUCCCAAACUGCUACGUGCACAUCAUCAAGAAUGAUGACAUAGAACUUAAAGAUCUAUCAUCAUAUCUGCCCUAUUUCUCCGGUGUCAUCGUCGGCCCCGGCCCAGGAUCCCCAGAUAUUCCAGAGGACAUUGGUCUCGUCAAAGACCUAUGGAAGAUUGACGACGCACAUCUUUUGCCAGUUUUUGGCGUUUGCCUGGGCCUUCAGAGUUUAGCUCUUGAAAACGGGGCCAAUUUACGCAGGCUCUCUGUCGUCAAGCAUGGUCAUGUGUCUACCGUCGAGCAUAAUGGCACAGAUAUAUUCAAGGGCGUCGGCCCCGUGGAUGCCGUUCGUUACCACUCCCUCCACGUCGAGCUGAGUGGUGCGAAGGAUAUUGAAGAACUUGCAUCCACACAUGAUGAAGGGAAUGGGAGGGUAGUAAUGGCCCUUAGACAUCGCACUCGACCCUUCUGGGCUGUUCAGUAUCAUCCUGAAUCAGUUCUCACGCGGGGUGGAGGUAUUGAAGUCAUGUUAAACUUCUGGCGUUUAGCGCGGACUUGGACUUUUUCUCGUGGGCGAGUCACACGCCCAUGGGAUCAGACAGCAGAUGCAAUCUUUGGCGUUCCGUGGCCAUACGUCCGCCCAUUGCCAAGCGCCCCUCGUGUCAAUACGCCACUAUCCGCUUCUACGAUAAGAUUGAGCAUCCCGGACCUGUCUGCUCCUGACAUAUGUGAGGUCUUGGGCGUCGACGAUGACUCGUCUCCCUUCGUUAUGCUAGAAUCUGCUGCACACCCAGGCCGCUUCACUAUCAUCGGCUGUUUGACUUCGACGUCCCUCCGAGUCACAUACACCAUUGGAAAUAGUUUCGUUCAUUUGGCGAAUGGGGAGUCGUGCAAUCAAAUAGAUCUGGGAUCUCACGACGUGUGGUCCUGGCUUACCUCUUUUAUGAACAAGCGGAAGGUCUCUGGCGGUUCAUCGGAAGUACCAUUCUGGGGUGGCCUCGUUGGCUAUCUCAGUUACGAACUCGGUACCGACUCUCUCAGAGUAUCAGCAGAUCGGGUAUCUAGCCAGACACGACACCCUGAUGUCAAUCUCGUAAGACGACAACGAAUGGCUGACAGGAAAUGGCCGAACAGCUUCACUCUGCCGCCCGUAAUUAUUCAACAUAUUCUUCGUAUAAUACUACGUCCUUAUUCAACCAAGGCGCGGCCAAAUACGUCUACUGUCAUUUUACCAGACCGGGACCUCUAUAGAUCCCGCAUUAAUCUUGCGAAAGAGCAUCUCUUCGCCGGAGAAUCCUAUGAGCUGUGUCUUACAGCUAAUACUCACAUCACUUUGAACGACCCGUUGGCACCCAAGGCUUCAUCGACAUACUCCCCAUCCUGGCAGCGUUAUAAACAUCUUCGCGAGCUCAACCCCGCCCCUCACGCUGCGUACCUUCGGUUGCAUCCAACAACCUUACUAGCCUCGUCACCAGAGCGGUUCCUCUCAUAUACUCGUCCACCUGGAACUACAUAUAAACUAUGUCCCGUCAAGGGUACCUUACGCAAGGGCCCUCAUAUCACCCGUGCUGUUGCUGAGCAAGCGCUCAGGGGCAGCCAGAAGGAGGUUGCCGAAAACCUCAUGAUUGUCGAUCUUAUUCGGCAUGAUAUGCAUGGAGCUGUUGGGGAGAAUGUAGAAGUCAAACAAUUCUGCACUGUAGAGGAGUGCAAGACGGUGUGGCAGCUUGUUAGCGUCAUCGAAGGCCAGUCAGCAGGAGGUGCCGAUAAAACUGCCAGCCACUAUGCUAAUGGCGCACUGGGGUGGGAGGUUCUCAGACGCAGCUUACCCCCGGGUAGCAUGACUGGAGCCCCGAAGAAGCGCAGUGUUGAGAUCCUACAAACAUUGGAAGACGAGGAACGCAAUGUUUAUUCUGGUGUUUUUGGUUACUGGUGCGCUGGAGGUGGUGGAGACUGGUCUGUUACCAUCCGAAGUUGCUUCAAAUACGAUGAUCGAUACGAAUGCGAUGCUCAUUCGUGGACGGAAUUCAAUAAUCCCGAUUUCUACCCUGGCGUUCACGAGCCGGAGCAAUGGGUGAUUGGCGCUGGAGGAGCCAUCACUGCGCUGUCCGAUCCUGAUGCAGAGUGGGAUGAGAUGUUGGCAAAACUUCAGUCGGUCCUGCGCGUUUUUGGCGCGGCUGUUCCUCGUGGGCAUUAGUGGAGACUUAUGUUAUUUCAACGGCUACCUACUUAAUCGUCUUAUACACUAACUGAAUUCAACUUCACCACCUUUUUUCAGCAGCUGAAGAACCAGUCACGAUUGGUUUCGUGGGUGAGUUUGCAUUGCACGUAGUCUUCUAUCUUCCUUCGACAUCAAGUCGGGUUGGUCGUAAAUCUAAAACUCUGGUCGUCGCCGAAGAAGCCUGUU